AUCCAGAUGUGAGAGAAUUUCUAUGUUGUUUUGGCCAACUAAUUGGGCCCUGUUUCAACCGUUUUUAGCGAUUCGAACGCUGACACUUUGACCCGGCUUGGAGAAGGCCUGGCCAACGGGGUCAAAUGGCGCGCAAUGUGCUCGAGAGCAGCCUUCUGGGUGCCGGCUUUAGCAUCAUCUUUCAGAUACUUUGCCGCAUCCUCACCUUUGGCAUCAAUGCGUACAUCGUACGACAUGUGGGUCGCGAGGUGCUGGGCAUCAUGAAUGUGCGUUUGCUCCUCCUGGAGAGCACCCUGCUUUUCCUGUCUCGCGAGGCCAUCAACCGGGCAGCCCUGAGCGCCAAUGCCCAGCAGGGUGAUCGUUGCUCCUGGGCGCAGCUGAUCAACCAGAUGUGGCUCACGGUGCCUAUAUGUGCUGUUUUGUGUGGUCCUUGCUUGUAUAUCUGGCUCAACUGGCUGUCGUCAGUAGAUGCCAUCUACGCUUCGCAGUAUGAGUUCGCCUGCUAUGCAGUGGCCUUGUCCUGCGUUUUGGAACUGGUGGCCGAGUCCGCGGUGUUUGUAGCCCAGGUCUUUUGCUUCGUAAAGCUGAAGAUUCUGCUAAACACGCUGCACAUUUUGGUCCGUUCGGCCAUCUUCCUGUGGAUCGUCACCGGUGAUCGCAGUGCAGCUAUCAAUGCCUUUGCGAUUGCCCAACUCUCUAGCGCUGUGACCAUUGUUUUGGGCCAAUAUGGAUUCUUUUAUUUUUACCUAAAGGGAUUUAAAAAUUUUGUGACCCAACAGACGAGAAAGAAACCGUUGACUCCGAAAGCCUGGCAGAUUUCCCUGUACGAGCACAUGGAUGAUUUCCCCUUCAAGCAUUUGAACGAUUUUCUGCCCGGCGUAAUGUUUAAUCCGAAUGGAAAGUAUUUUAACCGGGAACUGCAAACACUAACCCUAAGCUUCGUUAAGCAGGGCGUCCUAAAGCAAAUCCUUACGGAGGGCGAAAAGUACGUCAUGUCCGUGUCGCCUGUGCUGAGUUUUGGUGAGCAGGCCACCUAUGACGUGGUAAACAACCUGGGAAGCAUGGCGGCACGCUUUAUUUUCCGUCCCAUCGAGGACAGUUCGUAUUUCUAUUUUACACAGACGCUGUCUCGGGACAUCAAAUUGGCCAAGCAACCGCAGGAGCGCGUCCGCCAAGCGAGCAGUGUCCUGAACAAUCUCCUUCUGGGCGUAAGCUCUAUUGGUCUGAUUGCUUUCACAUUUGGUCAGAGCUACUCGUAUCCAGUGCUGCUUCUCUACGGCGGCCCUGAUUUCGUAGCCGGCGGAUUGCCACAGAGCCUGCUGCAGUGGCACUGCCUGGCGAUCUAUUUGCUGGCCGUAAAUGGAAUCAGCGAGGGCUAUAUGUUUGCCACGAAUACCAGUCGGGAUAUCGAUAAGUACAACUAUCUGAUGGCCAUCUUUUCAAUCAGCUUCCUAGUCCUCUCCUAUAUUUUGACCGGAAUCUUUGGCCCAGUGGGCUUUAUAUUCGCAAACUGUAUUAACAUGAUGAGCAGAAUUCUGUACAGCACCUAUUAUAUCAGGCAUCAGUACCGACCGCUGUCGCUGGAUCCGUUGCUGGGGCUUUGGCCAGGAAAACUCUUCGGAGGCACGCUCUUCCUGGCUGGGAUUGUUUGUUAUUGGUACCAAAGUUCUAGCCUUGUCACACACCUGGGCGUGGGUGUUCUGGCUGGGCUCGCCUGUCUUCUGUCCUGGGCUCUAGCUCAUCGGGAUCUGGUGCGACUGGCCUGGCGCUAUGGGCGCCGAAUUAAGAUUGAAUAGGGGCCUUUCCGUUGGGAUUGAAUUCCUCGCUUCCCUCGCACCGAAGAACCGCAAUGAAACGCACAGUUUAAUAAAUUAUGACAUAGUUGAAAAUUGUAAGUUAAUUCCAAAAUUAAGUUAUGUACUUAUUGAGUGUUUGUAGAGCCUUGAUUGCUUAUUUAACUUUAAGACAUGCAUUAAAAGACAACGAUUACUGUUUA